GUUCCCAGCCCGGUUCCAGUGUCCCCAGCCCGGUUCCAGUGUCCCAAGCCCGGUCCCUGCGGGUGCUCGGGGCUGUGACAGCCGCUGUCGCUGUGUGAGCUCAUCCCUCGCGUUCCUUUCGCUGCCCACGCACGGGGUGAUUUUCUCCCGGUUCUCCUGUGCUGCUUCUGCAGGGUUUUGGAAGCUGCUGCUGUCACGAUGCUGGGGCCAGAGCACAUGGAGUGAGGCUGAGUCAGAAACAGAAGGGCCAAACACGAACUGGUGUAUCUCUCAGCCUGCUUUUGAUGAAGGGAACAACCUCCUCAUCUGCCCUGUGCACCCCAGAGACACUCGUCACAGGAGGAGGGAGGCCGUGCACAGGAAACAUUUCCAGCUGCUUUUGCCACCAUGGUCUGGAAAGCUCCUGUGCUACAGUGUUCCUGGCUCCAUCUCUUCUCCCCCAAGAUGCUGGGAAGGGUCCUGUGCACGGUGCUCUUCAUGGGAGUCUUCCCAUCGCCAGCUGAAGCAUCUCAGGGCCACAUCUCCGUGAUCUUGCUGGGAGCCACGGGCGAUUUGGCCAAGAAGUAUUUGUGGCAGGGUCURUUCCAGCUCUACAUGGACCAAGUGAGCAGCGGCCACAGCUUCACAUUCCACGGGGCUGCCCUGGCAGCGGUGGAGCCGGGCCAGAGGAGGAUGUUUGACGUGCUCAAGAGGCUCUCCUGUCCCCCGGACGAGGCUCCCGACCGCUGCGCCGUGCUCAAGGACCAGUUCCUGAAGCUGAGCCAGUACCACCAGCUGAAGAGUGCYGAGAACUACACAGCUCUGAGCAGGGAGAUCGAGAGCCUGCUGGCMCAGGAGGGGCUGCACGAGGCCGGCAGGAUUUUCUACUUCUCGGUGCCGCCGUUYGCCUACACGGAGAUCUCCCGGCACAUCAACAGCAGCUGCCGGCCGCCCGCCGGCGCCUGGCUGCGCGUGGUGCUGGAGAAACCCUUCGGCCACGACCUGCCCUCGGCCCAGCAGCUGGCAACCCAGCUGGCCAGCUUCUUCAGGGAGCACGAGAUGUACCGUGUGGACCACUACCUGGGCAAGCAGGCUGUGGCCCAUAUYCUGCCUUUUCGGGAUCAGAACCGCCACUUUCUGGAUCCAAUUUGGAACCGACAUCACGUGGAAAGAGUGGAGGUUGUCCUGAAGGAGACUGUGGAUGCUAAAGGCCGCACCAGCUUCUACGAGCAGUACGGGGUGAUCCGGGACGUGCUGCAGAACCACCUGACCGAGGCCCUGCUCUUCCUGCUCAUGGAGCUCCCAGCCAACGUCAGCAGCGCCCAGGACGUGCUGCAGCACAAACUGCAGGCGCUGCAGUCCCUCUGGGAGCUGGAGAGGAGCAGUGCCGUGCUGGGCCAGUACCAGGCCUACCACAGCCACGUGCAGGAGGAGCUGCAGGAGGCGCGGGACCGUGUCAGCACCACACCGACCUUCGCAGGGGUGCUGAUCCGCAGUGACAGCCUGCGCUGGGAGGGGGUCCCGUUCCUGCUGACGUCCGGCAAGGCUCUGGAYGAGCGGGUGGGCUACGCCCGGGUGCUGUUCAGGAACAGGGCCCACUGCCCCCAGAGCGGGACCCUGCGGGAUGGGGGGCACAGCCCGUGCAAACCCCGGCAGAUCAUCUUCUACUUCGGGCACGGUGCCCUGGGCAGCCCGGCGGUGCUGGUCAGCAGGAACCUCUUCCGGCCUGUCAUGCCCAAGGACAGCUGGAAGGAGGCAGAGGCUCGCUCUGACCUGCACAUCUUCGGGCAGCCGCUGUCGGAUUUCUACGUGUACAGCCCCGUGAGAGAGAGGGACGCCUACUCCGUGCUCAUCUCCAACAUCUACCACGGCAGGAAGGAUUCCUUCAUCACCACGGAGAGCCUGCUGGCCUCCUGGGCCUUCUGGACGCCUUUGCUGGACAGCACGGCUGGCCAGCAGCCACGCCUCUACCCCGGGGGCGUGGAGAACCAGCAGCUGCUGGACUUUGAGAUGGUGAGCGGGGCGGCGGUGGCGUUCAGCACGGCAGAGCCGGCUCAGCUGCUGGAGCCUGACCCCCCCAAGCCCAGCGAGUUCAGAGCCAUCCAGCCCCAAUUCCGGCAGAGCCCGCUGGUGGCGGCCUGGCCCGAGGAGCUGAUCGCCCGGCUGGCGGCCGACAUGGAGGCGGCGGCGCUGGGCAGCGUGGGGCACACGGGGCAGUUCCACGUGGCACUCUCAGGUGGCUCCAGCCCCGUGGCCUUGUUCCAGCGCCUGGCCCGGCACCACGGCGGCUUCCCCUGGCGGCACACGCACGUGUGGCUGGCGGACGAGCGCUGCGUGCCCCUGAGCCACGGCGACUCCAACUUCCAGAGCCUGCAGCGGCACCUCCUGCACAGCGUCCGCGUGCCCUACCUCAACGUGCACCCCAUGCCCGUGCACCUCAACCGCCGCCUGUGCGUGGAGGAGGACGGUGGCACACAGCUCUACGCCGCCGACAUCGCUGCCCUGGUGCACAACGCCAGCUUUGACCUGGUGCUGCUGGGCGUGGGCACGGACGGGCACACGGCCUCGCUGUUCCCCGGCUCGGACAGCGGCCUGGACGGCGCUGCCACCGUGGUGCUGACCGAGAGCCCGCUCAAACCRCACCAGAGGAUGAGCCUGAGCCUGCCCCUCAUCAACAGGGCCCRGCGUGUGUUCGUGCUGGUGCUGGGCAAGGGCAAGCGCGACAUCACCGCGCUGCUCAGCAGGGUGGGCCACGAGCCACACAAGUGGCCCAUCUCGGGUGUCCGGCCCAGCUCCGGCCAGCUGGUGUGGUACAUGGACUACGAGGCUCUGCUGGGCUGAUGCCAUCAGUGCCCRUCCUGCCAUGGCUGCGUGCCCUUCACAGCUGGGAUUGUCCUGCACAACGUCAGCAGCUCCGUCCCUGACACCCAGCCAGCCCUCAGGGACAUCCAUGGCCUGCAGCAGCAGCUCCUAUGACACCUGGAGAGCCUUUGGGGACAUCCAUGGCCUGCAGCUCCAUCCAUGACACCUGGACAGUGUUCAGGGAUAUCCAUGGCCU